GCCGCGGCGGGGCCGAGCGGUGCGGGGGGCGCCGGGAGCGCGCCGCGCCAUGCGCUCCCUCGUCUUCCUGUGCGCCCAGCGGCUGGCGGGGCAGCAGGGCGCCGCGCGCGCCGCGCUCCGCCUGCUCCCCGCGGAGCUCUACCCCGUGCUCUUCAAGGCGGCCUUCGCGGACGAGCGGACGCUGGUGCUGCGCGACCUGGUGCGCGCGUGGCCCUUCCCCGUGCUCAGCCUGCGGCAGCUCCUGCGCCGCUGCCGGCACUGCGACCGCCCGCUCCUCCGGGAGCAGCCCAGCAGGCUCUGCCUGCAGACCGUCAUCCUCGGCGUCGUGGCCUUCCUCAGCGACGCGCUGGAGCACCCGCACCGCGGCCCGAGCAAGAGGCAGUGCCUGCAGGUGCUGGACAUGACGGGCCUCCAAGACGACGGCGCGGAGCACGGCCCCGAGAGCAUGAGCCUGUGGUCCAGGACCGUGACGCUGGCCAAAGCCUGCAUCGACGUCUCCAGGCACCAGAGCAAGUGCAUCGAGCGCGCUUCCAAGCGGAGGAAGGGCCCUUACAGCAGCUUGGUGGCCCCGCCGCCCCCGUGGCCCGUUUCCGUGGAGGUCCGCGUGGAUCUCUUCGUGAACAGCACGUCCUACGGGGUCCUGAGGGACGCCCUGCAGAGCAACGCCCACAGCGCCCUGCGGCUCAAGUGCCGCGACUUCCGCGCGGAGGAGCUCUCCGUCGCCAGCACCGUGGGCUUGCUGGAGUUCCUGGACCCCGCCAGCGUGCGGCAGGUGGACCUGCGCUUCAACAACCUGGGGCUCUCGGGCCUCGGGGUGGUUCUCCCGCACGUGGCCAAGUUCACCAACCUCGUCAGCCUGAAGCUGCCCUACAGCAACAUCGACGUGCGGCGGCCCUCGGCGGGCAUGGAGGGAAGCCUCCGUUUCUUUGCCGCUCAGCUCGGUAGACUGUCGUGUCUGAAGGAGCUGAAUUUAGGUUCCUCCAGGCUCUCGGGAAAACUAAGGCAACUUCUCGGUGAUCUGCAGGGUCCCCUGGAAAGCCUCGAACUCGCCUUCUGCUACCUUCUCCCCACUGACCUCAGCUACCUGUCCCAAAGCCUCCAUGCUCUGGCGCUGAAGAAGCUGGACCUGAGCGGCAACAACCUCUCCGACUCCCUCCUCCAGCCCUUCCAGCACCUCCUGGGGAAGGCCUCGUCCUCCCUGCUCCACCUGGAUAUCAUGGAGUGCCGCCUGACGGACGCGCACUUGGAAGCGCUGCUCCCUGCGCUGUGCCGCUGCUCCCGUCUCCGCUACCUGGGGGUCUUCGGCAACCCGCUCUCCACGCGGGGGCUCAAGAACUUGCUGCAGAGGACUGCGGCCCUCCCGGACCUGCAGCUCGUCGUUUACCCCUACCCCGUGGACUGCUACGCCGAGGACUUGCCCUGGCCUCCCUCCUCCUCCCGCCUCUGGAGCGGCGCCGUGGACGAGGAGCAGUUCUCCAGGGUGAGCGCGGAGCUGCAGCAGAUGCUGUCGAGCUGCCGCAGGGCCGACGCCGUGUGGACGACGAACCUUUGCAGGCACAGCACCCUGGACUACUUCAGCUUGUAGCUCACCGCGAACUGGUACCGGAGGGGAAGCGCGUUCGGGUCGGCUGGGACGGAUGCGUCUCAGCUCCUGCCUUCUGCUGUUUGGCAUGUGCAGCAAUAGCGCGUUUGUACACGUUUAUUAACAGCAUUUAGUGCACGGCGUAGA